UUAGCCGCUGUGCUUUCUCUGUGUUCGACUCCCGUGUUUUGUGAUGUCCCAACCAUACCCGGAAGAUAUAUAUUAAACCUCGAUCUACCACCAGAACAAAGAUGGAAUGAUAUUGUUCCCAAAUAUAAAGAGGCAGUUAAAGACAUGCAUGAUCUUUUGGAAGAUUUUUUCGAAGAUGGUUUGGCUUUGAUAGAUUUUGUGGCAUCUGAGUUGGAUCAGUACAUACCAGCUCCGUAUGCAGAUGAAAUGCGAGGGAUAUCACUAGCUCUGAACAUGAGCCUUGGUGAAGUGGUCAUGUCUAAUUUGCUAUAUGAAUUACAAAUGACAUGUACAAGUAUUGUUCUUGAGGAUCAGAAAGGUGGAAUAUGGCAUUCCAGAAAUUUUGAUUAUGCUUACCUUGGGUCGAAACUACGAGAUAUUACCAUAUUGGUUGAUUUUCAACGAGGAGGCCAAACUGCUUAUACAGCAGCUACUUUUGUUGGUUAUGUUGGAAUCCUCUCUGGACAAAAACCAAACAAGUUUUCGAUUACUGUCAAUGGUAAGAACGACGAGGAGUUUCUCUUGACACUACUGGUAGCUCUUUUGGACAACAAAGCUAAACCUAUAGGAUUCCUUACAAGAGAUACCUUCGAGAAAGCUGAAUCCUUUCAAGAAACUGUUGAGAUGUUGACGGACACAGAUACAUUAGCUGAUGCAUAUUUUGCUGUAGCUGGAAUUAAAGAUCAAGAAGCUGUGGUUGUUACCAAGAGCAGACUUCAAUUAGCAGAUUACUGGUAUAUCAACACCACCCAAGGACAUUGGUAUGAUGUACAGACGAACUAUGACCAUGGGUUACCAGAGCCUUUUGGUGAUAUGAAUAAAACAAGAUUGGCAACAGAAGCUUUGGACAAGAUAGGACGUGGUCAUAUUGAUUUCGAUGCACUUGGUAGUGUUAUGUCUGUUGAAAAUGUUCUCAGCCACAUGACAGUUUAUACUGUUUUAAUGAAUCCAAGUCAACCGGAUCUCAUUAAACUUUUGGUGCGUCAC